AUGUCCUGUCGUUGCAUCUGCUGGUUACUUACAGCCACUCUGUUAGGUACAUGUUACUGCAGCAACUCAUCCUGCAGUUUUAAUGGUGUGGUGCAGGCUUUGAGAAAUGUUCCAGGUUCCGACGUAAGGCCAGUGAAGAACUGGACAACUCCAACUAUUGUCUACAUAGACAUGUCACUGUACACUAUUGUCAGCUUGAACACAGCUCUGCAAACAAUGACCACAUACCUCUGGUUCAACAUGGCUUGGCCAAAUGAGUUUAUAUCUUGGGACCCGGAUGUUUAUUGUGGAAUUGAGCAGAUUUUGAUUCCUGGAAAUAAUUUUUGGCUACCUGACCUUUACAUUUAUGAAAUGACAGAGUCUGACAACAAUGUUCCUGUCAUUCCAUACUACACUGUUACCCAUGAAGGGAAAAUAAUUAAUUCUAAACCACUACGGAUUGUUAGCUCCUGUAAGCUAAACAUCUUCAAGUUCCCCUUUGAUGAACAGACAUGCAGUUUGACCUUUGGGUCCUAUAUUCACUCAGUUGAGAACAUCAUCAUGCUAGCCAAAGCUAAUUCCAGUCAAGUCAACAAAAACUCAAAGGACAUCUUUGUCAGUAAAGGAGACUGGAAAUUGGUGACCAUCAAUGUGGAAGAUGGAAAUGUGACAAGUGAAGGUGUAACUUUCAGUGAAGUUAAGUAUAAGAUCAUCCUUAAACGAACUCCGAUUGUUUAUAUAAUAAACUUAAUUGUUCCAGCAUGUUUUAUGGUAUUCUUGGAUAUUUCCAGUAUGUUCAUUGAAUUGGGGACCGGGGAGAGACUUGGCUUUAAGAUAACAGUGGUUUUGGGAUUCUCUGUGCUCCUCCUGAUCCUUAACGACAUGCUUCCCAAUUCGGACAACCCACCAGUAUUAGGUGUCUUCUGUUGCGUGUGUCUGGCUGUCAUGGUCAUCAGUAUAAUCGGUUCCAUUUUUACCUCGUAUAUGUUAAUGUUGUCUGAAACGCAACCGACUGUCCCUAACUGGAUAAAAAUCUGGAUUAUGAAACAUCUUGCACGCAUUCUUCUCUUCAAUGUAAAGGCCCAUAAACAAAGCAAGUUGAUGGAAAUUGACACAGAACAAGGUAAUACUGUUAAUAGGCCAAUAAUGGCUAUAGAAAUGAGAAAACAGGACUCACCAGGAGGAAUGAAAGUCCCUGUGGAGGUGAAGCUGCUGAAAAGGCUUCUGUUAGAAGUUCUCAAGAUCCACCAAGAAUUAAUUCGCUCCAAGAGCCAGGUUGAUGCAAAAUCAGACUGGCAUUUUGCAGCCAUUGUGGUGGACCGGCUUGUCUUAAUAGUUUAUUUAAUCAUUGUUAUAACAAUGUUUGCAGUGGUCAUAAACGUCUGGGCUACAUAA